AUGGCACAGAAUAUAGCACAGAACGUAGAGGAAUUUGCUGUCAUGAUGGCAGCUUUCCAGAUAACCAUGGAUACUGUAAACCAAAGGAUCGCUGCACAGGAUGAAAUUAUCACUGAUCUACAACCCUUGGUCAAGAUUGCUAGAUUGGAGAAAUCAUUGAAAAAAUCCCAGGGCUUCAACUCCAUUUUGGAUAUCGAAGACAGGUACAUUGAGGCUUUGGUCAAAUUACUAGAGAAAUUUAAGAUGCCCCACAUCGACAAAUUCGAUGGAAGUGGGGAUUCGAUUGUGCACGUCCGCUUGUUUUCAAAUUACGCUGAUGACACUAUUAUCUUUUGUGAGGCUGACUGGACUGAGAUUGUGGCUGUCAAACGCAUUUUGAGAUACUUUAAAGUGGUCUCGGGAUUGAUGAUAAACUUCCAUAAAAGUAUGAUUUGUGGUGUGGGAGUUGAAAAUGGGUUGGUGGAAGAAUUUGUAUCCCAUCUGAAUUGUAUGAGUCAUAAGCUUGCACUAAAGUAUCUUGGGUUGCCACUUGGAGCCAACCCAGAUUUUCUCGAGAAAAUGGAGAUUACCCAUAUUCGUUCUUGGUUUUUCGGCCUGUUCACUCUCUCAAUGCUCUCACUCUUCGUCAUAGGUCAUGGUCAGUCCACUUCAAUCGACGCUUUUAUAAGGCCGGAUCUGAAAAAGAGUCUUAACCCAUCGGGUUCACUCGGUUGGACAGAUCAGGACCACUGCAAAUGGAAAUAUGUGGCAUGUUCCAAUGACAAUCGGGUCACCCAGAUCCAAAUCAGGCAUCUAAACCUCACAGGGUUUCUCCCUCCGAGCCUUGCUAACCUCACCGCCUUACAAACACUCGAUCUCAUGUCCAACAAUCUUGGCGGUAGGCUCCCAAAUCUGGCGGGGUUGAGCUCGCUCCAAAAUCUCUUGCUCAGUUUCAACCAUUUUUCUUCCAUUCCCUCUGAUUUCUUCCUCGGCAUGACGUCCUUGGAAGCUGUUUGCCUCGACUACAUUCCCUUCUCAGCACAGCCUAUACCAGACAGUAUCCAAAGCGCAUCGAGCCUCAAGAUUUUCUCAGCCACUCUCUCCAACUUCACUGGGAAAAUUCUGGAUUAUUUUGGUGUUGCAAAGCUAACUACUCUUUACUUGGGAUACAACAACCUUGAGGGCGGCCUGCCGGUGACCUUUCCGGGUUCUUCAAUCGAACAAUUGUGGUUGAGUGGGCAGAAGAGUAUUUAUAAGCUCAAUGGUUCAAUUGUGGUGAUACAGAGCAUGACCAAGUUGACCAAACUGUGGUUGAAUUCUAAUAACUUUUCAGGUCAAUUUCCAGACUUUUCAAGGUUUACUUGGCUGACGAACUUCGCUAUGUUGGACAACAACAUUAUAGGUCAGGUACCAACAUCUUUAGUGAAUCUUCCAAGGCUUACGGCUGUGAGAUUAAUGAACAACCUAUUACAAGGGCCAACCCCAAAGUUUAAUUCUUCUGUUACGGUAGAUACAGAAAAUGGGUCCAACAGUUUUUGUCUCUUAGAUCCUGGAGUUGCCUGUGAUCCCCGGGUGAAUACAUUGCUUUUAAUUGCGGAGUCUGUUGGUUACCCAACGGUGUUCGCAAAGAAAUGGAAAGGGAAUGAUCCUUGCAACAACUGGCUUGGGAUCAGUUGUGUGAAUCAAAACAUUACUUUUGUCAAUUUUCUAAAUUUGGGUCUUGCAGGUACAAUUUCUCCAAACUUUUCAUCGGUCCUUUCGUUGGAGGUACUAAUUCUUGCUAAUAAUUUGACAGGUACUAUCCCAAACGAGCUUACAACUUUGCCUAACCUUAUUGAACUAGAUGUCUCGAACAAUCGACUUUUUGGAAAAAUUCCAUCAUUUAAGAGUAAUGUGGUUGUACACACUGAUGGCAAUCCUGAUUUAGGUAAGGAUGGUGUUGCUCAACCACCAACGAUAUAUGUACCACCUUCAAAGACUUCUACAAGAAGUGGCAAUAGAUUCUUGAUUGAAGUGAUUGUGGGUCUCGUAAUUGGGGGUUUUGUAGUUUUAUUGGUUGGGAUUUUGAUAUAUUGCCUAUAUUGUUGUAAACGAAAGCAUUCUAGUGAUUUUCAUGUUAUUGAAGUUGGACGUUUGGCAAUUUCUAUUCAUGUUUUAAAGAGUGCGACUAACAAUUUUAGCAAACAGAGCAUAUUAGGAACUGGUGGAUUCGGAACUGUUUACAAAGGGGAGUUGCAUGAUGGGACUAAGAUUGUUGUUAAAAGAAUGGAGUCUGGACUGGUCAAUGAGAGGGUUUGGGAUCAAUUCAAGUCUGAGAUUGUUGUGCUUAGUAAGGUUCGACAUAGGCAUUUAGUUUGUCUUUUAGGAUAUUGUUUGGAUGGUAAUGAGACGCUACUUGUUUAUGAAUACAUGCCUCAAGGGACUAUUAGCAGGCAUUUGUUUAGAUGGAAUGAAGAAGGGUUGAAAGCCCUUGAAUGGUGGGAAAGAUUGACUGUUGCUCUGGAUGUGGCCAAAGGCGUUGAGUAUCUGCAUGGUUUAGGUUUUAUUCAUAGGGAUCUCAAACCAUCCAACAUUCUCCUAGGAGCUGAUAUGCAUGCUAAAGUUGCCGAUUUUGGAUUUGUUCGUCUUGCACCAGAUGAAAAUUCUUCAGUUCUAACUAAACUAGCUGGAACUUUUGGGUAUCUCACACCAGAAUAUGCAGUGACAGGACGAGUGACAGUUAAGAUUGAUUAUGAAGCAGAGAAUCUCCUUGAAGACUACGAAGACUUCAAGAACAAUGACUCAGCAUAUAGAGAAGAUGCUGACAUGGAUGGGAUGGACGAGGUGGAGAAAGCACUAAAGGCCUACAAUUGCAUUGUUAAGGCUUACUACCCUGCCCAAUUCGCAAGGAAAUUUAGGCUUACUCUGGGGAUCCCAAUCCCUCUCUGCAACCUCUCAAACUUUGACCUCGACACCAGAAACUUAAAGGUUUCAAGGCUCAGGCUAAAUGAAACAAUAAUCAAGGUUUCAAAGGAUACCACUAGCUUUGAAUUUGUACUUUUCAUUGGUCAUAGUGGGGUCAUGAAAAGGUUUCAAGAUUGGUGGUCAGCCAACAUGGAGAUGCAUCUUGGCACUCCCACAUUGGUCUUACUGAAAGAGUUGGAUAUGCCAGCCCAAGGUGGGAAAGCCAAAACCAUAGAGGCUGGCAUCACCAUUGUUUCCACUCCUGCUGUUUCAGCCCCUACACUUAGAAUAACUAGGGCUGCCACUAAGAAAGAAACAACUAGCCUGUCACUUACAUCUUCAAUGCCAGCUUCUUCCUUUCUGGAAGGAAUUGAGAGGCCUCACUUGGGCUCUAGAAGAUUAAAGGCUGAAAAAGGAAGAGGAAAAGAAGAUAUCAGUUCUCCAAUGAGUGUAAAGCCCCUAUAA